CCGGGACCACCCGAUCCCUUUCCGGCCGGAAGCACCCCGCAGGUCGGACCGGAAGGGGCGCCUCAACCCUGAAAUGUGACAAAGGAAGUCCCGCCUCUGCCGCGCGACAGACUCCGCGGAGGCCACCGAGCUCCGAGCCGGUCUCGCAGGGGCGGGUAGAUUUGGUUCUGGAGCUGCCAUGAUUGAAGUGGUAGCUGAGCUGAGCCGAGGUCCUGUAUUUCUGGCGGGGGAGGCUCUGGAAUGUGUGGUGACUGUCACUAAUCCCCUGCCCCCGACCGCCACUUCUGCAUCCAGUGAGGCUCUGGCCUGGGCCAGUGCCCAGAUCCACUGCCAGUUCCAUGCCAGCGAGAGUCGAGUAGCACUGCCACCCCCUGACUCUAGUCAGCCAGAUGUCCAGCCUGACAGCCAGACUGUCUUUCUGCCUCAUCGAGGUGAGAGGGGCCAGUGUAUCCUUUCUACUCCACCAAAAAUUCUCUUUUGUGACCUGAGGCUAGACCCUGGAGAAUCCAAAUCAUACUCCUACAGUGAAGUGCUGCCCACAGAGGGGCCACCUUCCUUUCGGGGUCAGUCAGUCAAGUAUGUCUACAAAUUGACCAUUGGCUGCCAGCGUGUCAACUCACCCAUCACUUUACUCCGAGUCCCUCUGCGAGUUCUUGUGUUGACUGGUCUUCAAGAUGUCCACUUCCCCCAGGAUGAGGCUGUGGCACCAUCCAGUCCAUUCUUAGAGGAGGAUGACGGUGGGAAGAAGGACUCAUGGCUGGCUGAGCUAGCUGGGGAGCGCCUCAUGGCUGCCACAUCCUGCCGCAGCCUCCAUCUGUACAAUAUCAGCGACGGCCGAGGGAAAGUCGGGACAUUUGGUAUCUUCAAAUCUGUGUACAGACUUGGCGAGGACGUGGUGGGGACCUUAAACUUAGGGGAAGGAACCGUAGCUUGUCUGCAGUUUUCAGUAAGCUUGCAAACUGAAGAGCGGGUACAGCCUGAAUACCAGCGGCGCCGUGGGACCGGAGUCGUCCCUUCAGUGUCCCAUGUGACUCAUGCCCGGCACCAGGAGUCCUGCCUACAUACCACCAGAACCAGCUUCUCUCUCCCCAUCCCUCUUUGCUCUACCCCUGGCUUCUGCACUGCCAUUGUGUCCUUGAAGUGGCGAUUACAUUUUGAAUUUGUGACAUCCCGAGAACCAGGAUUGGUACUUCUGCCCCCAUUGGAGCAGCCUGAGCCUGCAACCUGGACAGGGCCUGAACAGGUGCCUGUAGACACCUUCAGCUGGGACCUCCCCAUCAAAGUGCUUCCUACAAGCCCCACCUUGGUCUCAUAUGCUGCCCCAGGCCCUAGCACCAGCAGUAUAACCAUCUGAAACUGGCUCACAUGCCCACCAUGGCAACUAUUUUUUUUUAAGAAACUGAGAAAUCAACACCUGGACUCCAGUGGGGGCCCACUUUUCCCACCUGGGGCCCUGUAGCACAGGCAAUGAGAAACGGGCUUUCAGCUGUAGCAUUAAUUUAUUUAUUUGGAGGGAGUUGGCAGCUGCUAGUGGUUUCCCUGGAAGUGGCAGCAGCAGUGAGCAGUCGGCAGAUGGGUGAGCCUUUAGCUGGAGUGAGGGGCAGGAGCCCCAGGAACGGGGGUGUUAGCUGAACCCCAUUCUAAGUCGGGUCCUCCCCCUUUGCAGGGCAGUCGAGGGUCAGCUUUUUGCACCAGGGAAAAUUGACAGGUUCCUGCCUCCUGUAGCACUUCACAGCCAGCAGGAAAGUCAAUGGGAUGCUGAGACCUAGAGAACCAAAGACAGGGAGGGAGUCAGUACAGUAAGAAGCCCCCUUUGGAGCCUGCCCUUCCCACUCAGCCAUCCUCCCACACCCUCCAUUAGUGUUGUAGCACCCUGCCCACGCUAAGCUCUCUACAUAAGGACUUUCUAGUGUCCCCAGGAGGAAUACUUAUGCAGAUCUACCUCCACUCCCCUAUCAUUGGUGCCUUCACAUCUGCAGCCUCAUGAUAGAUGCCCUUCUGUUUACUCUUGCCUCACAGAAAUCUAGGGACUCCCUGGCCAUCCCUUAGGCACACCAGAGGCAGUCCCUCUGGCCACUUUUGGCUACUCACGUGUCACAGCAGCCCACACCAACAGGAUGCAGACAGGUACAAUGGAAACAGUCCUUUCGGAGCCAAGAUUCACCCAGCGUGAAGUAUUUCCCCUCGUAGUGGCAGGGGGCUAGGGAAGGAUGAGAAUGGAGAAUUGGGGCAUCUCUAAGCCUUCAUCACUCUCGUCAUCCUUUCCUUAAGCAUCAGUCCUCCUUACCUUGAGCUUGGAAGUAACACUUGCUGUUGACUCCUGGGUGCUGCAGGAACAGAGACACCACCAAGCAGAUGAUCCUCCAGCCUCCCAAGAUCCCCUUGGCCUGGCCAGCCCAGAGCAUCAUCCUUAGAGCCAUUCUCGAAAGCUCAGCUCUCUCAGACCCCUCCUGGCUUCUGCUCAGAUCCCUCUGGUCUUAUGCCCUUGCUCUUCUUGCCUUGCUCCUUGACUCCUGAGUUUCUCUCUCCCUGGGCUCCAGUCUCAUACCAUGGCAGUGCCCUCUACUCUUACAGGCUGGGAAUGUUUAUAAAGUGAGGACCCUGGCCCCCUGCUGAGGAGAGCUGGACAGGCUGGAACUCUGUUUCCUGAGGUGAGGACAUGAAAACAAGAGGGCCAGCUUUUAACCAGCUGUGAGAGCUGAUUCAUGCCCCACACAGCCAGGAGGAGGGAGGUGGCCGUGGAAGGGGCACUGGACUGGGCACUUGCACAGCCCGGAGGGGGAGGGUUGAAGGCCCCAGGUGGUCCCCAGAUCUCCUUGACCUGCAGAGAGGAAGCAUUCCAUCAACCCUCCUUCCACCACCAGCAGGGGUGUGUGUGCUGGGAUCCCUGCCUGGACCGGAGGGAGGCAUUUCCUGGGGAUGGCUAAUCCUGUGCACCAGCCAAACCAAGGAGCUGCACAAGGGUGUAACUGCCAAAGUCUCCAGGAGAGCAGGCAGGCAUCUGGAAUAGAGAGUGUGUUUCCUUUCGCUCCUGGGGCAGGGUUUCCCUGAUGCAUCUGAAAAAUGGCUGCCCUCAGCAUUUUGAGGAGAGGGGUGCAUCCAUAGGUACCCCAAAGAUAAACUUUGCAUUUACACCCCAAGUGGACAGCAGAUGCAAGAUUGUCCCAUUCCUGGCAACACUUCUGCCCCCUCAAAGAGAGCUACCCUAAUACCCUAACAGAAGUCACCCCACUUUUACAGAGAUGCCCCCUCUUCAAAGCUUUCUAAGGUCUGAGUUUCUGCAGGUCUGGAAGAGUGCUGGGAUUCACAUCGUGACUGCUCAUUGGCUAUCGGACACUGCACAGGUCACUUCACCUGUUCUCCUGCUUCCUCGUCUUUGUAUGGAGAGUAGAAACACCAGCUUGGGGGCUUGUGAGACAGAGAGCACACGGAAUGUUCUUAGUGCCAUCUUUGGCCCAUGGCCCUCAGAAAAUAGCCGUUGAUUGAAGCUAAAGCUCAGAGACAAAAAUGAUGUUCUUUCCUCUGGACAGCAACAAGUAGCUCUGCACAGAUGAGGGCUUCUGUUGUGGACUCUCCAGGCCAGCUUCUGCCUUUCACAUGUAUGCUCCAAGGUACCCUACUGCCUCCUGCAAAGACCUAUGUGGCCCUGGGAGUGUUUUGGUUUCAGUCCUUGACAUCCGGGUUAAAAGGUUAAUAAAGCUGCUUUUCCCACUUCCAUACUCUGGAAGAGGGAUCCUGGCUUACCCGCCCUUCAGCUAACUUUAGGACUGCUUUUUCUUAUCUGGACUCUGACUUUCCCUUCAUCCCCUCAUGUGGACUCCAUGACUCCUUUGUGACCACUUUGUGACCCUGGUCUAACUGGACUUCUUUUGUAGUUCUUCCUUUCCUGCUCCUAGGACCUUUGUUGUGGGUUUCACUCAGGCCUGCAGUCCCAUCCAGCCCUCCCUUUACUCUCCGUCCCCUAGCACAGCUGAUACAACUUACAUCUGGCAGGCUUUUUCAAGAGCCCCCCUGCCUGUCACCUCUUCAUUCAGCAGCUACUGUCUGUUCACCUCCAGCUCCUUAGCUGCCUUCCUCCAGGAUACCUUUUGCCUUGGCUGGGGAUGCAGCUCAGUGAUAGAGUGUUUACUUACCAUUUAUUUCAGUGUCCCAGGUUCCACCCCAAACACCCUCCAAAAUUGAGUGGAAGAAAACAAGAUCUCUUUUCAGAUGGAUAUCAAGAUAAAAACAAAAGAAAACUUAGCAGGGGACACCCAGCUAGGCUACUGUGGAGGAGAGGGCAUGGCCUUGACUACUCCUUGCUGUCUUGGCUGGAGAGGGAUUAGAAAAGACCAAGCUUAGAAGUUGGCUUUGUAGUUAGCUCUACCACUGCCUUUGGGGGAGACCCACCUGAAGGCUGAGCAUGGACCGUUUUCUGCAGUAGCUGGAGAUAAGGCAAGUGAGCCUAGAGAUCCUGGAGGCAGAGGAGGUGCUGGAAAUGGGACGUGGCGGACAUUAGUGUAUGAGCCACACCAAACUGCAGAGUGAGGACCAGCCUCCUGAAAUGCAGGUGAUGGCCUGUAUCUGUGGGGACUUCUGGAAGGAGGCAGAGGCUGAGCAGAAUUCCUUUCUGAGAUGACAGGGCAGUGGGGACCUGGCUGAUGACCUGAACAGUGAUGUGUGUAUGGGCAUCAGUGGUUAGAGCCCAGCCCACUGAGUCCCAGGGGAAUAGCCUUUGGGGCAAGGGGUAGGACAGGGUCGGGGUGAGGGGUUGGCACAGGCCACCUAUGCAGGGACAAGGAAAACAUCCGACAGAGCUGGGCCAGGCUGUGUUCCAGCAGUUCAGGCAGGUGCGCAGAGUGAGGAAGUGAGCUCAUUCCGGGCCUGAGUCACCCCCAACCCUGCCUGCUUUGCCUGCCCAAAUGGGACAGAGCACGGUGUUUGGAGAUGAUGGCUCUGGGAGAUUUGGGGACUGGAGCCUGGGGAGGAGACGGUCUUGACCGAAUCCAAAGGAAUCAUGGAAGGGGCUGUUUUCUGCCCAGCUGGCAGCAAAGUGCAAAGCCCCUAAAUUCAUGGCUGAAUAGGCACAGCGAGGCAGGUUAGAGCUGGGAGACCUGAGGGGGAAGGACAGAGGAAAGGCCCUACAGUCUUCCUAGAGUGGAGGAUCCAGGAGAACUGAGGGAGGAGGUGAGGCUCAUGCUGCUGAGGCUUCUGAAAAUAAAGAGGCCACCAUCCAUGCAAGACAGAGGUACGACAUGCCAGCUAGGUCUGUCCAGGGGCCUGUGUGAAGGAAGGGCUCCAGGGACUAUCAAGGGUCAGAUUAUUUGGGUCUUUGCGGUAGUUCCUGGUUCUUUAAGAGGCUUUCUGUGCUGGAAUAGUUGUUUGGAUUUCUCAGGUAAACUGGAACCAUGUUGGCCCAUGACCACUAAGAUAGUGGAUGGUGUGAGAAGAAAGUUCUCUGUGUUGACCGUGGUACCCAGCCUGCCAUUUAGUACCCCACUCCCAGGCCCCCAAAGGAAGUCUCAUAAGACUGUUUCCAUAUAACCAUCCUGACACCGAGAAACAGGAGGGUUGCCUCUGGUACGAGGGCCAGCUUGGGCUACAGAGUAAGACACUAUUUUUAAAACGAUUUGCUCUUACUGAAUCUUAAAAUCUUGAAUAAAGGUUGGAAAUCAA